AUGGCGUCCAAUGAUUUGGGCUUCAACGAUGCGAAACUGGCUUGGGGAAAUUGGGACUAUGUUGACCUUUCGCACUUCACUAAGAUGCCUGGAACUUCUAUCACAGCGUCGGCACUUUCCCUGAUGAAGGGAUGUGGAGUUAAAGCUCAACAUCCUGGGGUGCUGGCCGGUGUUGCAUCUUUCUCUGCAGGGAUUGCACUUCACAGAAUGAGAAGGAGUCACAGCAAAAGAAUCAGCGCCUGUGUCGACAUAGCGGGCCCUGUUCAAACCCAAGCCCAAGACAUUCGCAAAGAUUGCAAAAAAGAUCGACCAUGGCUCCCUGUCGCUCUAAAAUGUACCGGGGCAGCGGUUCUUAUUUUUGCUGCAUCGCGCAAAGUUCGCAAGCGCUGGAAGACUGCGUUUGCAGCAAAAACUAUCAAGCUUGACGCUCCUGUGAAAUCAGCAAUUCAGUUGGAUGAUGCGCCAGCAACGGCACCAAAGGCUGCCAUUUUUGCGGAGUCUUGUGAGCUGGGACCUUCGGGAAAGGUGCAAGACUCCAUUCAAUCGCUUUCGACCAAAGCUCCUUCCAGUGCAGCUCCGGAGUCUCUUUCGAGUGUGGCAAGUUCUGCUUCGGUACGCGGAAGAGGACCUGACAAGGGUGUGAGGUCAAGGUCAACUCCCUUGUCCCAGAUGAAGCAUUCGAGCAAAGGUGUGCAAGAAGACGUUGGGAAAGUUGCCUUCCCCAUCAUGCACUUCAAGCGCAUCCAUUGCUUUGAACAGGCAUCCCCAUUUUCGUCAAACGUGCCAACAAGGUCCCCAUCACCUUGCACCAGGAAAGAACCCCAACAAGGUGAACAACCAAAGUCUCGAUCUCCAGAUCCAAGCAAACAAGGGAAGCGGGUCAAAGAAAUAGAAGAAACACCCAUCGGUGCGAAAACUGGUGAAAGCAAAAGGAACUUGCCACAGGCACCAAGAGAGCUAAGCAACAAGAAUGGACAGCUGGUGUCCAAACCAGGUGGUGCGUCCAAACCAGGUGCUGCGACACAACCAAAGCCAGCAAAGCCAGGAGACGUGCAGAAACGGGAGGAGCCAUCUCCAAAGCCAUUUGCAAGUCCGCGCCAAGCCAGCCAAGCCAGCCAGGCUGCUAGCCAGGCCGCCAGCCAGACCGCCAGCCAGGCCGCCACAGCUCCAAAGGAUGACAAAACCGCGCAGUCCACGUCCACACAGUCCACGCGGGCUGCUUCAUCCGCUUCACCGCGUCAGCCCGGCGCCUCCCCACGGCCCGGAGCCAGACCCGUGGAGCAAAUACGGCCACCCGGCCAAGACUCUCAUGUGAAGGGCCCGGUCGCACCGACCAACCGUGAGAGAGAGCCUCAGACACAGAGCCCACGCCCUACACCAAGCAGCAACACCCAACAAGACCCAACUCCUGUUGGUGGAAGACAGCCAUCCGCAGCAGGCAGCUCAAGCACUGCUCAAAAAGUUCUGAUCUCCCAGGGUGGAGUUGGUGCUCCUGGUGCAAGUUCGCAUCAGUCACAAAACAAUCAGGGUAGUGCAGUGGCAGGGACUGACAAACAUCUACAAGCUGACGCAAAAGGAACGCUGCUUCUGAAAGACACACCCACGACAGACGGAGCCAAGGCCCCAGUCAAACAAGCCGCAACACAUCCAGUUGCAAAACCUCAGAUGCGCAGAGAACCUCGGGCAAGCUUCUACUCGGUCCAGAAAACCGACAAGACCCAGAUCCAACCUGACCGCGAUGAGCCGCCCUCUUUGCCAGUACUGCCAUCAAAGGGUGGAGUCUAUGCAUUGCCAGGUCAACACAGCAUGGCUCCUCCAUUAAGUCAACAAUACGCAUCAGCUCUUGCCCGGCGGCUCCAUCCAGCACCAAGUGAACUCACCAUCAGGCCGAGUGCAGGGGUGCCCAGCCCGCCAUUGCCAGCUUCAGCCAGCGGGCUGCUACCGUCAGAUGGACAAGAAAAGACGGUCAGUGGCGUGCAAUCCCAAGGCAGUUUGCCCCCGCCCAAAGCAGAUCCCAGUUCAAGUAGCUCUGCUCCUGUGGCUAACAAAAAUGGGCCAACACAGAGUGCACAGAGCUCAUCCGGCCGUCCUGGAAGCCAUGCACCAGAUGAGGAUGACUAUGAAGCUUAUUCGGUCUACUCCGGCAGCAGCCGGUCCUCAUCUGCUUCGCAUGAUGAGGCUGGGCAUGAUGAGGGCGGAAAACAUUCCCACUCGGACUAUUCAUCACUCAGCGAUGGAGCAAGAUCACGCUCUCCGAGCAGUGGCAGGCAGUGUGGGAACGACUUUUUGCCAGAUAUCUCAAUGCAAGUGCGGGCAGCUAAGCCCCAUGAUCAAGACAGGUCCCAUGCGAACAGAGCGGAUGACCUUUGCGAGUUUCACGUCAUGGAUGAUGAAGACGCGCAGGAUGCUAUGCAGGAUAUGCAGGGCACUUCCUUGCACCAGGAGUAUGACCAAACCCUUCGAAGACUUGGAGCACGGCGAGCCCCGGCACCAGCGCAAAGCUUGCAGCGCCAAGUGACACAUUGA